AUGUCCCUGGUGGCGCUCCCCUUCUACCAAAAGAGACACAGACACUUGGAUCAGUCAUAUCGAAACACUCGAGCAAGGUACCUGCUGGAUGAAUACGCUUCAAAAAGACGAACUUCGACCCACUCGUCUUCCCUGAAGUCCCUUUCUCAGCGGUCAUCUUCACAUAGAGCUUCCAGCCAGACGUCAAAGGGAGCAACCACGUGCAGGAUCUGUGCGAAACGCCUGAGUGAGCUGGAGGAGGAGCAGCAUGAACACAAGAGUAGGUACCAGUCCCUGGAGGCCGCCUAUGGCGAGGCCAAGCGCCAGCGCUUCCUCAAGGAGCUGGCCCAGAUGGAAGACAGUGUGUACCUGGCACGUUCCCAGGCUCAGGAAAAGCUGGACAAAUACGCCCUUCAGGAGAUGGUGGAGGACAGGCUGUCCUGGGAGCGGCCCUCUUUUGCAGAACGGAUGCGCAGGGCCCCGGAGAUCCUGGUGCGGCUGAGGUCACACACCGUCUGGGAGAGGAUGUCUGUGAAGCUGUGCUUCACCGUGCAGGGGUUCCCCACACCUGUGGUGCAGUGGUAUAAAGACGGCAGCCUGAUCUGCCAGGCGGCUGAGCCAGGGAAGUAUCGCAUCGAGAGCAACUAUGGCGUGCACACACUGGAGAUCAACAGGGCAGACUUUGACGACACCGCAACAUACUCAGCAGUGGCUACCAACGCCUACGGCCAGGUGUCGACCAAUGCCGCAGUGGUGGUGAGACGGUUCCGAGAUGAGGAAGAGCCGUUCCACUCAGUGGUUCUCCCUAUUGGAUUGCCCUUCUCGUCUGUGAUCCCCUACACGCACUUUGAUGUUCAGUUUUUGGAGAAAUUUGGGGUCACCUUCAGAAGAGAAGGAGAGACAGUCACUCUCAAGUGCACGAUGUUGGUGACGCCUGACUUGAGGCGGGUGCAGCCACGGGCCGAGUGGUAUCGGGACGAUGUGCUGUUGAAAGAGUCCAAGUGGACCAAGAUGUUCUUUGGGGAAGGCCAGGCCUCCCUGUCCUUCAGCCACCUGAACAAGGACGACGAGGGCCUCUACACGCUGCGGAUCGUGUCUCGGGGCGGCGUCAGCGAGCACAGAGCCUUCCUGUUCGUCAGAGACGCUGACCCGCUGGUCACAGGGGCCCCCGGAGCUCCCAUGGACCUGCAGUGCCACGAUGCAAACCGGGAUUACGUCAUCGUGACCUGGAAACCUCCCAACACGACCACCGAGAGCCCCGUCAUUGGCUACUUCAUCGACCGAUGUGAAGUGGGCACUAAUAAUUGGAUCCAAUGCAACGAUGCACCAGUAAAAAUAUGCAAAUACCCUGUCACGGGGCUUUUUGAAGGACGGUCUUACGUGUUCCGAGUCAGGGCUGUCAACAACGCGGGCAUCAGCCGGCCCUCCAGGGUCUCGGAGCCAGUGGCUGCACUGGACCCUGGUGACCUCAGAAGGUUACAAGCAAUUCAUUUGGAGGGAGAGAAGGAAAUUGUAAUCUAUCAGGAUGACCUUGAAGGUGACGUGCAGAUCCCAGGACCCCCCACCAAUGUGCAGGCCACCGAGGUCAGUAGGAACUACGUCGUCCUCAGCUGGGAGCCUCCUACUCCUCGUGGCAAGGACCCCUUGAUGUACUUCAUCGAGAAGUCUGUGGUCGGCAGCGGCACCUGGCAGAGGGUGAAUGCCCAGACAGCUGUGCGGUCCCCGCGUUAUGCUGUCUUUGACCUCGCUGAGGGGAAAUCCUACGUGUUCCGCGUUCUGUCAGCAAAUAAGCAUGGCUUGAGUGACCCGUCAGAAAUAACUUCUCCCAUUCAGGCCCAGGACACCAUCGUCACUCCUUCUGCUCCCGGUCGGGUUCUGGCUUCACGAAACACCAAGACGUCUGUCGUGGUGCAAUGGGACAAGCCCAAGCAUGAGGAGGACCUGCUGGGGUACUACGUGGACUGCUGCGUGGCGGGGACCAACAUCUGGGAGCCGUGCAACCACAAGCCCAUCAAGUACAACAGGUUCGUGGUGCAUGGCUUGACCACCGGAGAGCAGUACAUCUUCCGAGUCAAGGCCGUCAACGCUGUGGGGACCAGCGAGAACUCCCAGGAAUCUGAGGCCAUCAGGGUCCAGGCUGCCCUCACUGUGCCGUCCCACCCGUACGGGAUUACGCUUCUGAACUGCGAUGGCCAUUCCAUGACCCUGGGCUGGAAGGUGCCCAAAUUCAGCGGCGGCUCGGCCAUCCUGGGUUACUACAUAGACAAGCGAGAGGUCCAUCACAAGAACUGGCACGCGGUCGAUCCUUCGCCCAUCAAAGAGACCAUCUUCACGGUGGAGGACUUGACGGAAGGCUCAUUUUAUGAGUUCAAAAUUUCUGCCACCAACCUGGCAGGUGUUGGGGAGCCAUCAGACCCCAGUGAGCACUUCAAAUGUGAGGCCUGGACCAUGCCUGAGCCUGGUCCUGCCUACGACCUGACGUUCUGUGAGGUCAGGGACUCCUCUCUGGUCCUGCUCUGGAAAGCCCCUGUGUACUCUGGCGGCAGCCCCAUUUCAGGGUACUUUGUGGAUUUCAAGGAAGAGGAUGCUGGAGAAUGGCUCACUGUAAACAAGACGACCACUGCACAUCGUUACUUAAAGGUCUGUGACCUUCAUCAGGGGAAAACCUAUGUCUUCAGGGUCCGUGCAGUGAACGCCAAUGGUGUGGGGCGGCCGUCAGAUAUGUCGGAGCCAGUGCUUGUGGAGGCGAAGCCAGGCACCAAGGAAAUCAGUGCUGGCGUGGACGAGGACGGCAACAUCUACCUGAGCUUCCAGUGCCAGGAGAUGACCGACGCCUCCCAGUUCUCCUGGUGUAGAUCCUACGAGGAGAUCACAGACGAGGCGCGGUUCCGCGUGGAGACCGUGGGGGACUGUUCAAAGCUGUACUUGAAGAACCCAGAUAAGGAAGAUUUGGGGACUUACUCUGUGUCGGUGAGCGACACAGAUGGUGUGUCCUCCAGCUUUGUUCUGGAUGCGGAAGAGCUUGAACGUUUGAUGGUACUGAGCAAUGAAAUCAAGAAUCCUACAAUCCCUCUGAAAUCAGAAUUAGCUUAUGAGAUUUUUGAUAAGGGCCAGGUCCGCUUCUGGCUGCAGGCGGAGCACUUAUCGCCUGACGCCAGCUACCGUUUCAUUAUUAAUGACAGAGAAGUCUCUGACAGCGAGGCACACAGAAUUAAAUGUGACAAAGCCACGGGCAUUAUUGAGAUGGUAAUGGAUCGAUUUUCCAUCGAGAACGAGGGCACCUACACCGUGCAGAUUCAUGAUGGGAAAGCCAAGAGCCAGUCUUCUCUGGUUCUGAUUGGCGACGCAUUCAGGGCUGUCCUAGAUGAAGCUGAAUUUCAAAGAAAGGAAUUUCUCAGGAAGCAAGGCCCCCAUUUUGCUGAGUAUCUGCACUGGGAUAUCACGGAAGAAUGUGAAGUUCGCCUGGUCUGUAAGGUUGCAAACACCAAGAAAGAAACUGUUUUCAAAUGGCUCAAAGAUGAUGUUCUGUAUGAAACGGAAGUGCCAGACCUGCAGAAGGGGGUCUGUGAGCUGCUUAUACCCAAGUUGUCAAAGAAGGACCACGGUGAAUACAAAGCCACCUUGAAGGACGAGAGAGGCCAGGAUGCGUCUGUCCUGGAAAUCGCUGGCAAAGUGUAUGAGGAUAUGAUUUUGGCCAUGAGUCGAGUCUGUGGAACGUCUGCUUCUCCACUGAAGAUACUCUGCACGCCAGACGGAAUCAGACUCCAGUGUUUCAUGAAGUAUUUUAUGGAAGAAAUGAAAGUGAACUGGUAUCACAAGGAUGCUAAGAUUCCAUCGAGCGACCACAUGCGGAUCGGAGGCAGUGAGGAGAUGGCCUGGCUGCAGAUCUGUGAGCCCACGGAGAAGGAUAAAGGCAAAUACACCUUCGAGAUCUUUGAUGGCAAAAACAACCACCAACGCUCACUUGACCUGUCUGGACAAGCCUUUGAUGAAGCAUUUGCAGAAUUCCAGCAACUCAAGGCCGCUGCUUUUGCAGAGAAGAAUCGUGGCAGGGUGGUUGGUGGUCUGCCUGACGUGGUGACCAUAAUGGAAGGAAAGACCCUGAACCUGACCUGCACGGUGUUUGGAAAUCCUGACCCUGAGGUGGUUUGGUUCAAGAACGACAAGGACAUGGAGCUGAGUGACCACUUCUCCGUGAAGGUGGAGCAGGCCAAGUAUGUCAGCAUGACCAUCAAAGGUGUGACCUCCGAGGACUCGGGCAAGUACAGCAUGAGUGUUAAGAACAAGUACGGAGGGGAGAAGAUCGACGUCACUGUCAGCGUGUACAAGCAUGGGGAGAAGAUCCCGGAGGUGGCCCUGCCCCAGCAGGCCAAGCCCAAGCUCAUCCCAGCAUCUGCCUCAUCUCCAACCGAAUAA